AUGGAGUCCCUGGACACUUUCUUCAACAACACUACCUCGCAGUUUUACGUAGUGCUCACAGGAACCUCGAGUUUCCUCUCAGGCGUCAUGAUGUUUCUGGAAUGGCUCCACUACACCUAUUUCGGGAUGUCCAUCGUGGACCGCGUCGUUUCCGUGGUCCUCCACAUCUUCCCGUUCCUCGGCAGCUCCAAGAGCAAGGAGAACGACAGCAAAGCCAAGAAGGCGACGGACGCUAAACCGUUCCGCAACUCUCUCGUUCUGUUCCGCGGAGCAGAGUACCACCGCUAUAAGGAGCAGACUUCGAGGGAGCCUCUGACGGACUAUGACAUGAGCCUCACCAUGCUAGAGUACCAGGCCUUCUUCACCAAUGAGGGGGCCAAGUUGGAAGACGAUCCGGCGGACCUGUUGAUGGCCUCAGUCUGGAAGGAGCCUGACAGAAUGCAGAGAGUGACAACAGCACACAAGGUCCUCGAAAUGAAUCCCCAGUGUUCGGCGGCACUUGUGCUUCUGGCAGAGGAACAAGCGGCGACCAUCACGGAAUCGGAGGAACUAUUUCGUCAGGCAAUGCGGGCGUCAGAGGUGGCCUACAAACACACCACAGCGCUCUCGCAUCAGGACUCCAUGUACAAACCGAUCCACGAGCGAAACGCCAACCUCUGCGCCUACUGCAAGCUCCGUCUGGCCUACUGCAACAGGAAACUUGGCAAGUUCAAGGAGGCCAUAAAGCUAUAUAGGGAUCUGCUAAAGGACGACCACGUCGUGGUGAUGGCAAACGUACAGGAGAACCUCAUCGAGUGUCUGCUGGAGAUGCAGAGCUACUCUGAAGUCUCGCAGUUUUUGGCAAAACAGGAGGAACUGAGUCUGAUAAAGUCGACGAGCAUGUGCUAUACCAUCGCCCUGCUCAAGGCCAAGGCAGUGGGAGAGAAGUUUUGCCCCGAGACCGUGUCCCGUCGCUCGCUUAAUUCGGCAGAGUUGGUGGCCGUGGAGGCCAUCCACCGAGCAGUCGAGCUGAACCCCCACGUCCCGAAAUACCUUCUGGAGUUAAAGAGUCUCGUCCUACCGCCAGAGCACGUGUGUAAGAGGGCCGACAGCGAAGCGGUGGCCUACGCCUUCCACCACAUUCACCACUGGAAGAGAGUUGAAGGAGCGCUCUCUCUCCUGGGAUCAACCUGGGAGGGCACGUUCCGUCGCAUCCCGUUCCCGCUAGAGAGAGGCCACAUCUUCCAUGCCUAUCCCGCACACGCCGAGUCCGUCGAUCGCCAGCUGCUUCCCGACUACCACGAGGUGUCCGUGUUCCCGCAGCGUGACACUCCCUUCUUCAUGGUAUUUACCGGUGUCCUAUGCUUCAGCUUUCAUGACCCUGACAGUGGUGGCAUACCACUUCCCUCAGGCCAUGACCCAGUACGCCAAGACUGUCACCACCGUCUUUCUCGUCGUACUGGAGAAGCUGGUCCCGACAGACAUUUUCGGCAUUUUUUCCUCUUGAGGCUUUUUUUUGUUUCACGGAAGUUUUCAUCAUGA